CUCGGAGGGCAGCCCCAUCUCCAGUUCAGUCCUGGGUGUCGAAGCUGAUCAACCCUCUCCAGUCCAGCGCAACUGACCUCUGAGAUAGAGCUUCCCCUGCUCUCCAGCCUCCCUGUGGACUGAAUUGAAUUCUCAGGGCCAACAUUCACAACUCCAGGCAUCUACAACUGAUCUACACAAGCAAAAGAACGGUAACAUUAACCUGUGGACUGACUACAAGGAGAGCAGUGAAAGUCUAGUAUACUCCAUUUGAGGCUUCCCGUGCUUGUCUAACCCAAGCUGAAGUCAUUGAAAUCAUCACCUGAAGACAGAGGAUCCAGUUGGACACUAUAUUCCCAGUACUGUAGACUGUCACAUUUCAUUGGGACUAUAAGUGGGCACUGUGCAACCAACACAGACUGAUAUAAAACCAAGACAAAUCCGAUAUAAACAUCCGAUAUAAACAAGAUCUUUUGCCAUGGCAACCACGGGCAUGCAGUUGCUGGGCCUAAUCAUGUCCAUUGUGGGCUGGGUGGGUGGGUUAGUAGUCUGUGCCAUGCCCCUCUGGCGGGUCACUGCCUUCAUCGGUAACAACAUAGUGACAGCUCAGAUCAUUUGGGAGGGCCUGUGGAUGACUUGCAUUGUGCAAAGCACAGGUCAAAUCCAGUGUAAGGUGUAUGACAGCUUGCUUGCUCUGCCCAGUGACAUGCAGGCUGCCCGGGGCCUCACCGUGUUCUCUAUCCUGAUGUGUGGCCUGGCUCUGGCUCUGGGGGUCCUAGGAGUCAAGUGCACUAAGUGUAUUGGUGUAAACAGCCUCAAGGCCCGUGUUGCUCGUAUUUCUGGCGCCCUUUUCGCCAUCGCAGGUUUCCUCUACCUUGUGCCCAUCUGCUGGACUGCCCACUCCAUCAUCAGGGAUUUCUAUGACCCACAUGUGGCUGCUCCACACAAGCGUGAACUUGGCCCUGCCCUCUACAUCGGCUGGGCUGCAUCAGCUUUGCUCCUUAUUGGGGGAUCGCUGCUCUAUGCUGGGUCAAGUCCCCCUGGCAUGCCAGGCUCUCCCACCUUUAGCAGUGGAGAGAGCAGUCCUCGCAGGGCACCUGCCUCACAGGUCAAAGGUUAUGUCUAAGAUCCCAAAAGUCUGAAUGCCUUCAAGUCCCACAAAAUCACCCCAACCGAUGACACACUCUUUUUCUUCUCUUGAUUUAGUUCCUUAUAAUUAUUUUAUAUUUAAUGUUAUUCCAGUUUGCUUUUUUCUUUGAAAAGCCACAGGAGGCUGUCAAGGGAAAAUUGAACUCAUUUUAUUAUUUCAUA